UAAUUUUUUGGUUUCAAUUGUGAAAUAAAAUUUUGGUCAUUCUAAGAAAAAAAUCAAUAUAGUAACCGUGAUCAUUUUCUUUGUUUUUUAGGCCGAAAAUGAAGUUGUUCAUAGUUUUUUCUUUAAUUCAGUUGUUCUCCAUUGGACUUGCAAAGAUUACACGCGGCAAUCACACAAACAAUUGGGCUGUUUUAGUAUGCACAUCAAGGUAUUGGUUUAAUUAUCGUCAUAUUGCAAAUGCCUUAUCGAUAUAUCGAAGUAUUAAAAGAUUGGGCAUACCUGACAGUCAUAUUAUUUUAAUGAUUGCAGAUGAAAUGCCAUGCAAUCCACGAAAUCCAAGACCAGCUACAGUGUUUAAUAAUGCUAACCAGCACAUCAAUGUUUAUGGUGAUGAUAUAGAAGUGGAUUAUAAAGGUUAUGAGGUCACUGCUGAAAAUUUAGUGCGAGUUUUGACAGGCCGUGUACAAAAAAAUGUACCACGGUCUAAACAGCUACUAUCGGAUGAAACAAGUAAUAUUUUGGUUUAUUUGACAGGACAUGGUGGUGAUGGAUUUAUUAAAUUUCAGGAAGCUGAAGAAAUAACAAAUAUAGAGUUAGCAGAUGUGUUUGAACAGAUGUGGCAAAAAGGACGAUAUAAUGAAAUACUACUGCUGGCUGAUACAUGCCAAGCCGCAUCUCUACACCAGAAGUGUUAUUCACCUAACAUUUUAGCUGCAGCAAGUAGCAGAGUUGGGGAAGACUCUCUUUCUCACCAUGAUGAUCCGACACUGGGUGUCCCUGUUAUUGAUCGAUGGACUUAUUACAUUUUACAGUUUCUUGAAAGCGUACAUCCAGGAAGUCGCAAGACAAUGGAAGAAUUUUUUGAUGAAACAAGUAAUUAUAACUUGGUUCGUUCACAACCAGUUGUGCGCAAGGACUUAUUUCACCGAUCUUUAAGCGAGACAUUACUUACAGAUUUUUUCGGAAGUAUUCGCUCUGUUGAAAUCACUAAAAUUAAUAUUACACAUAACAACGCAAAUAUUAAGGCACCACUUUCUGCAACUACAAAGCGUAAAAGUACUAAAAAAUUGUCAUAUGUAUCUCAAAUGCCUUAAUGCUUUUAAGGAAAGAAUUUUUGUAUGAUAAUGUGUUAGUUAAUUUAAGCAUUUUUAUUACAAUUUUGUCUAGUAAUUAGUUGUCUCCAUAGGAAAUCAGCAUAUUAAUCAGCAUAUGAUAUUAAGUGAAGCAAUGUUCCAUGUGGCAUUUUGUUCUGUGUAUUAAGAGGAAGUUACAAAAGUUGAAGUUCAAAUCCUUCACAUCAAGAGACAUUUAUAAUCUCAGACCCUUUUUAGUAACAAUCAUAUCCCCUAGUUUUUUCAAGAGUUUAAUUCUUUAUUGUCAAAGGAUCUGCUGUUUUGAGGACCUGUGUUGUAUGAACGCUUCUUAAAAAUAUACAUACUGUGCUAAUGCAAAUAAUUCUAAUGAAAAUCUUUUAGUGUAAUGUGUGGGUGUGUUUUUUAACCCACAAUUCUUGUCAGCAUUAUUAAGACAACAGCUGUUUCUCAAGAA